AUGGAUUUGCCGUGGCGCGGAAGCCUGCCUCGGUGGAACUGCGGCUUCCAGCUCGUCGAGGCGAUACCGGAUUGGAAGGUAUUUGUGUUUGGAGGCAGUGCAUCGGAGUCUGACAGUUCCCAGAAGCGAUGCGAGUGCCGGUUGAUGAACGAUGUGGGUGUCUUGACACUCGGCGGCGCCAAGCACUGGAACACACCGGCGCUGGAGGAGGCGCGAAAGCCACCGCGGAAGAGUACCGCUCCUUCAGAACUCGAAAGGAAAACGAGUUUCGCGUCUGUCCACGUGGACGCUGGAGAGGCGGCCAGGCAAGUCCCAAGAGCGAGAGAGCAUGCCGCCAUGGCCUACGAUGCCGAGGAAUCUCUCUUGGUCCUCUUCGGCGGAUGGGUGGAUGACUGGCUAGACGACCUCUGGACUCUCAACGUCUCCUCCGUGGUCGGGCCGCCGUACGCGGUGACGAGCAUCCGUCCAAACCUGGGACCUGUGACAGGAAGCACCUUGGUGUCUGUCCUCGGAGCAGGAUUCACAGAAGGCUCGAUCACCGUGCGGUUCCAGAGUCAAGAGCAUCACGUCGAUGUCCCUGCCGAAUUUGUCAGCUCGACAGAAGUGACUGCAAGAACUGCAUGUGUCAAGGGUGGAAUCGGAAGUCGUCCCUGUGAGGUUCGCGUGAAGAUAGGAGCAAGAGACUUCACGACGACACAGACGACGUUCCACUACUACAAGAACACAGAGGCGAAAGACUGUCUAGCAUUCGGCCCCGGCUUGCUGCCAGAUGGCUCGACUGCUUCGCCGACCAUGUUCGUCAUUCAAGCGAGAAACGGAUCUGGAGAAAAUCGAACCUCCGGAAAUGACGUCUUCAAAGUUGUCGUCACACAUCGCCCCCGAGAUAAUCCAGAGCAACCUGUGCAGCUGGCGGUGGAUAUUCACGACCAGGACAACGGACAAUACUUUGUGGAGUAUCACGCGAAAUCUCCAGGAGACACGACUGUCGAAGUAGCUUUCGUCGACGAAGGCAAAGCGCCAGAGCCUCUGAGAGGGUCACCCUUCUCCGCCUCCUUCGUGGAGAGAGCGAGAAGUCGCGCAAACGACAUGGCCGGACCACUCGUCUCUUCGUAUAUAAGCCGAACGAUCGGAGAUAUGGAAGACUUCCACACCAAGACGGAGGCCGGCGUACAGACUGUCGUGAAGAACGACGACGUCAAGACUCUCCUCGCGGUUCGCCAUCACAUUGCGGAGAUGGAGAAACAGAAAGAUCAUUUUCUUCUUCAGCGAGAGACCGUUCACGCAGUUCUGAGUUACUUGGAGACACACGGGGCAAGCGUAGAAACGAAUGUACGCGCGCUGAAGAGUGCCGCGAACAAGUACAACGCUCUCGAACGUUUAGUCAAGAAGCGCGAGAAGGAGAUUCAGGGAUCUUCGAACGCGGAAGCUCUGCGGACGCGAAAGCGAAUCGCAGAGUUUGAGCAAACCGUCAAGGAAACACAAAGCACUAUGAACGCUUUGGACUUUUACUUUUUCCAAAGAGGCAUCCACACUGCCACCGAAAGCAUGGACCAAGUCGAAGAACGCGUCACUGCAUACACCGCAACUGUGAACGAACUCGAGACACUUGCGUCAAGCUUCGGCUUCGUCGAGGAGCUCGUCCCCGCAAAGACAGCGAUUGCUGGCAUUUUAGACGAGUUGGCCAAUGUGCGAUGCUUCUGGGAAUUCACCCGCAAGAGCCUUCAAACUUUCGACGAACUUUUAGAGACACCCUGGGGAGAAGUCGAUGCCCUAAACGUUGAACAAGAUGUAAAGCGCCUGCAAAAGGGACUCAAAGACCUCAAGAUCGACCGCAAGUGCGACGCGUAUCUCGGCUUGCAUGAGACUCUCAAGCGGUGGCUUGUGUUUCUUCCUCUCGUAGCAGAGCUGCGAGAUGGCGCGAUGCGGGAGAGGCACUGGGCGGAGCUGCUUCGAGUAGUCCAUGCUCAAAGCACAGAGAUUUCGAACGAGAUGCCGCUGAAAACGAUCGAGCAGCUGCAGCUCUGGAGCUUCCAAGGUCCCGUGGAAGAAAUCACGGACCGUGCUAAACAAGAAGCCGUGAUGGAGAAGACGUUGCAGAUGCUCGAAGCGACGUGGAGCGAAGUUCCGUUCGACCUCGAGAGACACAAGGACACAGACGUCGUUCUCCUCAACACGACCGAAGAGAACUUCGAAAUGUUGGAGGAGCACCUCGUCCACUGUCAGAACAUGAUCACCUCCAGGUUCUUUGCGACGUUCGAAACCGCCGUGAUGAGCUGGCAAAAGACCUUGUCGAACAUCUCUGAAGUGACGCAGCUGCUGCGAGAGGUCCAGCGCUCGUGGACGUUCCUCGAGAAUCUGUUUCUCUUCUCCGAAGAAGUGAAGAAGGAGUUGCCGGAGCAAGCAGCUCGCUUUGUGCAUAUCGACGCGAGCGUGAAAGCGCUUCUCGACUUAGGACGCAAGCAUCCGACCAUCAGAGAUUUCUGCGCCACGGAGAACAUCUUGGCCAAGUUGGAGGACGCCGAGAAGGAGCUGAGCGUCUGCGAAAAGGCUCUGAACGAGUUCAUGGACAGCAAACGACAGACGUUUCCCCGUUUCUACUUCGUCUCUUCCGUCGACCUUUUGGACAUCCUUUCGAACGGGAACUCGCCCAGCAAAGUCAUGCCGCACAUGGCAAAGAUCUUUCAAGCGAUCCAGACGUUUCACCUCGAGGGUGGUGGGGACAGCGAGAGACCUGCAGCUGUCGGCAUGGCGAGCUGCGUCGGGAAGGAGUCUGUCGAGUUCCCAGACGCCCUGCGUCUCACAGGAAAUGUGGAGCACUACCUCCACGACUGCAUCACCAGCAUGCAGCGAGCACUCUUAUUUUACAUCAAGAAGUCACUGAAAGAUCGAUUUACGAAACCGUCGAGAGAGGAAUGGAUUCUCUCCGACCCAGUGGCACAAGUCGCUUUGCUGGUCGACAUGGCUGUUUGGGUCCUCGCAGUUGAAUCGGCGUUCUCUCAACUGGAACAGGGCGAUGCCCAGGCGCUCCAGCAGGCCUUGUCGGUGCAUAUUUCCGAGCUCACGUCGACGAUUAAGAUGGUGCAGGGUGACUUGACUCCCGCCAUGCGUCAGCGGCUGAUGUGUCUAAUCACCGUCGACACCCAUGGACGCGACGUUCUCUCGCGUUUGAUCGAGGAAGGCGCCGCUUCUCAGGACGCCUUUCAGUGGCAGUCUCAGCUCAAGUACCACUGGCGCGAAGACGAGAACACGAUGCGAGUGGACAUCACCGACGCCUCUUUCGUCUACGGCUACGAGUACCUCGGAAACGGCUCGCGGCUCGUCGUGACGCCUCUGACUGACCGCAUCUACGUCACUGCAGCUCAGGCGCUCCACCUCUGCAUGGGAUGCGCUCCUGCAGGACCUGCAGGCACUGGGAAGACAGAGACGACGAAGGACCUCGCCUCGGCGCUCGGCAAGGCCUGCUACGUCUUCAACUGCUCUGACCAAAUGGACUACCAGUCCAUGGGGAACAUCUUCAAGGGUCUCGCCGCGUCCGGCGCCUGGGGGUGCUUCGACGAAUUCAACCGCCUCGUUCCAGCCGUCCUCAGCGUCUGCUCCGUGCAGUUCAAAGCCGUCGUGGAUGCCAUCAAAGCUCGCGUCGAACGAUUCACCCUGCAGGGAGACGAAGUCGCUCUCGAUCCUACUUGCGGCGUCUUCAUCACGAUGAAUCCUGGAUACCUCGGUCGCUCCGAACUUCCCGAGGGCCUGAAGACGCUCUUUCGACCCAUCACCGUCAUGGUGCCCGACCUCGAGUUGAUUUGCGAGAACAUGCUCAUGGCCGAAGGCUUCGUGGAGGCGAAAGUCUUGGCGCGAAAGUUCACGCGUCUCUACGCUCUCUGUCGCGACCUUCUCUCCAAAGCCGCCCACUACGACUGGGGUCUCCGAGCCAUCAAGUCCGUCCUCGUCGUCGCAGGCUCCUUCAAAAGAGCCGAGCCCAACCUUCCAGAACAGGCGCUCCUCAUGCGCGCCCUCAGAGACACAAACAUCGCAAAAAUCGUCGCCGACGACCUCAAAAUCUUCUCCGGCCUUCUGGCGGACUUGUUUCCGGGAGUGGAUCCGCCGCGACUGCGAGACAUGGACUUCGAGGCCGUUGUGGCGGCGACUUGCGUGGAGGCAGGCCUGACGGCGCAUCCUGAAUUCGUUCUGAAAAUUGUGCAGCUGCAGGAGCUGCUGCGAAUUCGGCACUGCGUCUUCGUCAUGGGGCCUGCCGGCUCGGGCAAAAGUUCGGUCUGGAAGUCGCUCGCGAGGGCGCAAGAUCAAGUCGGGGUGAAAACCACUUGGGUCGACAUCAAUCCAAAGGCAGUGACACCCAACGAACUGUACGGGUAUGUGAAGCUAAGCACGAGGGAGUGGAAGGACGGCUUGCUGUCCAAGACGAUGCGGACGCUGGGCCAGAUCCAGGACAUUUCGCCCAAGUGGAUCGUCCUCGACGGAGACCUAGACGCCAACUGGAUCGAGUCGAUGAACUCGGUGAUGGACGACAAUAAAAUCCUCACACUGGCAAGCAACGAGCGGAUUCCCCUGAGACCCCACAUGCGCAUGCUCUUCGAGAUUCGAGACCUCAACUUCGCGACGCCCGCCACCGUCUCCAGAGCAGGCAUUCUCUUCAUCAGCGACAUCGCCGGUCACCAGUGGCGCUGCUACGCCCAGAGUUGGAUCCAACGCAUGCGCUGGAGUGACGAGGUGAAGACGCAGUUGCAGAAGCUGUUCGACAAGUACUGUCCGGCGACUCUGGCGUACGUCGACCGCAGCUGCAAGCGGAGCAUACCUGUCGUGGGCGUUUCGCUGGUGGCAUCGCUGUGCGCGAUGCUCGAGAGUUCGCUGGGCGACGAUCCGCAGGCGCUGGAGUACGUCUUUGUGUUCUGCUGCAUCUGGGCAUGCGGCGGCUGUCUCGACGAGCAAGACGGUAUCGACUACCGCAGGCAGUUCAGCCACUGGUGGCGGAACGCGUGGAAGACGAUCAAGUUUCCGAGCAAGGGAACGGUGUUUGAUUACUUCGUCGACCAGGCGAAGCUCGAGCUGUGGGAGCAACGCAUGCCCGACGCGGAGUUCGACGCAGAGAAACCUGUGGCGGACUUGACGGUCCCGACGCCCGAGACGGUCGCAAUGCUUCACUUUAUGCGCGCGCUGGUGAACCUUCACUCCCCCGUCAUGGUCACUGGCGUCGCAGGAUGCGGCAAGACGCAGCUCUGCAAGGCGCUGCUCAGAACGCUCGACAAGGAAAGCUACGUCAGUGCCGUCAUCAACUUCAACUUUUACACAGACUCCGCUCUUCUGCAAACGCUGCUGGAGCAACCUUUGGAGAAGAAGGCAGGCAGACAGUUCGGCCCGCCGGGCAAACUGCGCCUCGUGUAUUUCCUGGACGACCUGAACAUGCCUCAACUCGAUCCGUACAACACACAGACGGCCAUCGCUCUGUUGCGGCAGCACCUGGACUACCAGCACUGGUACGAUCGAACGAAGAUGCAGCUGAAAGACAUCAGCAAUACCCAGUGCCUUGCGUGUCUAAACCCAACCGCCGGCUCCUUCACCGUGAACCCCCGGCUCCAGAGACAUUUCUGGACUCUGAGCACUCCGCUCCCGGAGCAAACGUCGCUGUUCACGAUCUACAAUACGAUCUUGGCGAAGGUCUUCGCAGCGAAAAACUUCCGAAAAGCGGUGCAGGAACAUCUCUCCCUCGUCGUCAAAGCCACACUGUCUCUUCAUGGCGAGGUCGUGCAAGCCUUCAGAAAAACUGCUGUAAAUUUUCAUUACGAAUUCAACAUGCGGCACUUGAGCUGCGUAUUCCAGAGUCUCCUAGCAGCCACCCCGCAACUGUUCCAGGAACCAGAGAAACUGGUGAUUUUGUGGCUGCACGAGUGCGAGAGGACGUACCGAGACAGGCUGGUCACGGAAGCCGACUGCGCCAAGUUCGACUCGCUCCUCGCAGAUCUGUCGAAGAAAAUGUUUGGGAGCUUCAACCUCGGAAAAUUCUUCCAGGCGAAGAACCGCGAGACCCUCAUCUUCUGCCAUUUUGCCAAAGGCUUCCAGGACUCCAGUUACGACCGCGUUGGGUCGAUGGCCGAACUGUCUCGGCUUUUGCAAGAGGCGCUUAUCGAGUACAACGACUUGAAUCCAGUGAUGGAUCUGGUCCUCUUCGAAGACGCCAUGAACCAUGUGUGUCGGAUCACGAGAAUCAUCAACAACUCUGGGCAUGCACUUCUGGUCGGCAUCGGCGGAUCCGGAAAACAGUCUCUCGCGAAACUCUCUGCCUUCAUCAGCUCCUGCAUGACUUUCCAAGUCACCAUUUCCUCGAAAUACGACGUCAAAGAGCUGAAAAACGACCUUCGGUUCCUGUACUCCCGCGCCGGAUUGAAGGACGAAGGUGUCUUGUUUCUGUUCAACGAAUCGCAAAUCACAGACGAGCACUUUUUGGUGUACAUCAACGACAUUCUCGCCUCCGGAGACAUCGCAGACCUCUACGAUCCGGAAGACAAAGACCAAGUUCUCAACUCGAUCAGACCCGCAGUCAAGGCCGCGGGGCUCCCAGAAAGCAAAGACUCUCUCUGGGAGUUCUUUAUAUCACGAAUCAAGAAGAAUCUGCACAUGGCCCUCUGCUUCUCCCCCGUCGGCGACAAUAUCAGAAACUGCGCUCGGAAGUUUCCUGCCAUUGUCAACUGUACAACCAUCAACUGGUUCCGGCCUUGGCCGCCGGAGGCUCUUCUCUCUGUCUCGGCGAAAUUCCUCGCUCCCCUUCCUCUAGGCGAAGAUGAAGUCCAAAAAGCAGUGGUCGAGUUCAUGCCUUACGCGUUCUACUCAGUAAACGAAGCGGCGCAAGAGUACCUUGCAAAUGAAAAAAGGUACGCCUACAUCACACCCAAGACGUUUAUUGAGUCGAUAAAGCUGUAUGGGUCGAUGCUUCAAGAGAACAUUGAUUCUCUGAAAAGCAAGCGCGACCGACUGAGCUCCGGCCUGCGGAAGCUGAUCGACACCAGGGAGAAAGUGUCUGCUUUGGAGGACGACUUGAAGGAAAAAACUAUCGUCGUCGAGGAGAAAAAAGCCGCAGCAGAUGCGUUUGCCGAGCGCGUCGGAGAAGAGAAAGCCAAGAUCACCGCAGAGUCCGAAAAAGCGAAUUUGGAGGCGCAGACCUGUGCCGAUAUCCAGCGAAAUGUCUCUGAACAGAGGUCCUCUUGCGAAGAAGACCUUGCGCGCGCGAUUCCUCUCGUUCAACAAGCAGAGGCGGCGCUGAACACACUGAAUAAGAAAGAUUUCCAAGAGGCAAAGUCUCUCAACAAACCCCCACCUGGAGUAGAAGAUAUCACCACCGCAGUCAUGCACCUGCUCGCUGGAGUCGAUCCAAACAUCGAGGUCGACAAGCAAGGGAAGCUGAGAGACAAGAGUUGGAAGGGCGCCCAGAAGAUGAUGAACAAUCCAGAGAAGUUCCUGCAGACUCUGAAGGACUUCAAACAGGUGAUUGACGAGGGCCGUGUGCCAGAAGUGAACUUCAAAGCCGUCGAGCCGCUGCUCGCGCUUCCUCACUUCAACAGAGAAGCCAUUCAGAAGAAGUCCACUGCCGCAGCAGGACUUGCAGAGUGGGUCGUCAAUAUAUACCAGUUUUACAAAGUUGUCGACUCUGUCGCUCCCAAGCGACGAGCUCUUGAAGAAGCAACUCAACAGCUGGAGGAGGCGAACGCGAAACUCGCGGUCGUUCAGCAGCUGGUUGCAGAGCUGGAGGAGAAGCUCGGGAAGCUGGUGGCCGAGUACGACGCUGCGAUUUCCGAGAAAAAUGCGGUGGAGGCAGAAGCGAACAAAUGUCGCACGAAGUUGGACAUGGCGCAGAGACUCAUGAACGCAUUGGGAUCUGAGGGGACUCGCUGGCAACAGUCCAUCGAAAACUUCAAUGAAGAACUUCGAGUGAUGGUGGGGGACGUCCUGUUGGCUUCGAGUUUCGUUGCAUAUGCGGGAGUUUUCACGAAGAAGUAUCGCGACUGGUUGAAGACAGAGAAGUUCGUCGAGUUCCUGCGCAGCAAGCAGAUCCCGAUGAGUGCAGAACCGCACCCUCUGCACCUCCUCACCACGGACGCAGAGAUGGCGAUGUGGAACAAUCAAGGUCUGCCGUCCGACCAAGUUUCUCUGGAAAAUGGCGCGAUCCUGACGAACUCGCAGCGCUGGUGUCUGCUGGUCGAUCCCCAACUUCAAGGCAGCGCUUGGAUUAAGAAGCGCGAGCAAAGCAACAAUCUCCAAGUGACGCGCCUCCAACAUCCGCGGCUGAUUCAGACGAUGGAAACCGCCAUUUCACUCGGAUUCAGCGUCUUCCUCGAGAAUCUGGAAGAGACAAUCGAAGCCGUUCUCGCCCCCGUCGUCGGCCGCCAGACCAUCAAGCGAGGGCGAUCUCUCAACAUCAAACUAGGCGACAAAGAAAUUCCGUACAACUCGAACUUUCGCUUAUUCUUGCAAACGCCUCUGUCCAAUCCUCACUUCCCCCCAGAGAUUCAGGCGGAGUGCACCAUCAUCAACUUCACUGUCACCGAAAAGGGCCUCGAGGAUCAGUUGCUUGCGCUGGCGAUUCAGAAAGAGCACCCCCAAUUGUCGAAAAAGCGCGUCCUUCUCAUUCAACAGCAAAAUGAAUUUAAAAUCACUCUCGCAGAACUUGAGAGCACCCUUCUGGAUAAACUGGCAGCAGCUGAAGGCGACAUUCUGGAAGACACAGAGUUGAUUUUGAAUCUCGAGAGAACCAAGUCGAUUGCGACAGAAGUCUCUGCAAAGGUGUUACUUGCGAAAAAGACAGGAGAGAGACUCGACGCGAUUUCCGAACAGUAUCGGCCUGUUGCGCGGCGAGGCGCAUUGCUCUUUUUUCUUCUUUCUGAACUGUUCAAAAUGCAUUCGUUUUACGUCUAUUCCAUGGAUGCCUUCGUCGCCGUCAUCCACCGAGCCAUCGACUCAGUCUCGAAGAUCCCUGCGGAAGCCGAAGUUGAUCCCGGGGACGUAGACGACACUCUUGCCGCACCCGAGACACUAGCAAAGUCUCAAGAGAUUGACUCUGAGACUCGAGCGCAAGAAAAGGGGAAGACAACGAAGAGCGGCGAGGAAGAAGGAGACAGCGAAGAAGGCGACGGAGAGUCUGGCGAAGAGCGAGACGAAAAACAAAGCAACGAGAGUGAAGAUGAAACGCCCCAAGGCGAGAUCGAGGCUGGCAGCGACAAAGACGAGAGCGACCAGGCGCCGUCAGAGGCCGAGGAAAAGGUUGUUGCGGAAGAAAACUCCGAAGAAGCUGAAGCGGGGGAAGGCGCCUCGGCGUCUGCGGGAGAGUCGGACGGAAACGAGCAAAGCAGGCCUCCAGAAGCAAACACAGGAAACGGGGAAACCCAAGAAGGCGGUACCCUCGUGCAUGCGCCGAGUGUCGAUGUCGGUGCACCUGAAGGCAGGACGCCAAGUCUCCGUCCUCAGUCGGCAGUGUCUUCUUGCUCGGGCAAGUCGGCGAAGUCCUCGCUAUCGACGCGAGAGGCGAACAAUAAGGAGACAGCUGAGGCGACGGAGGAAGCGGCAGAAGAAAUGACACCAGUCGGAGGAGAGGAAGCAAACGAAGAAGAAGAGUUCCUUCUAGAAGACGUCGACAACCGUGUAGCAACUCUGGUUGAUGUCAUCACAAAAUUCGUUUUCACGUACUGCAACCGGGGUCUCUUCGAGCGACACAAGCUCACCUUCGCGGUUCUCCUUGCACUCCGCAUUCUGGUCGACGGCGGCUCGAUCGACGACUCGGAGGCGCAGCUCCUGAUUUUUUCUCGCGUCGACUCUGCAGCGCCGCAGAUGCCCGAAAGCGCGAAAAGCUGGAUGACGGAGGUUCAGUGGGGCUCCUGUCGGAGUUUGGAGCAAAGUCCGAUCUUCAAAAACAAUUCGCUUUCUCUCCUCCAAAACUUCGACCAAGACAGCGCGAGCUGGAAGCGGUGGUUUGCAGAAGAGAAAGCCGAGACGGCCGACUUGCCUCGCACCUUUCGCGGACUGUCUCUCUUCCACCGCAUUCUUCUUCUGCGGUGUCUCCGCCCCGACCGAUUGAUUGCGGCGUUGAAGGAGUUCGUGCUGCAGCAGCUAGGUCCUCUCUUCGUCGAACCUCCCCUCUUCAGCAUGAAAGACGCUUAUCUUGAGUCCGACAGAGACACACCCAUUUUCUUCGUCCUCUUCCCUGGAGUCGACCCAACUCCGGCUGUCGAGGACAUGGCGAGACGCGUCGGAUGCACUGCGGCCAACGGGAAGUUUACAAAUAUUUCAAUGGGUCAGGGACAGGAGACUCUGGCCAUCCAGGCCGUUGAGAAAGCUGCAGUCGACGGAGGAUGGGUGAUGCUCCAGAACGUUCAUCUCAUGCAAGAUUGGCUGCGGAUCUUACAGCGCACUCUGGAGCAAGUCGCUGAGAAUGGCCACAAGAAUUUUCGCUGCGUGAUCUCGUCAGAGCCUCCUCCUCUCCCCGAUAUGAAAAUCAUUCCCGAGCGAACUCUGCAGAGAAGUAUCAAGGUUGCUGACGAGGCUCCUCAGGAUCUGAAGGCGAAUCUGCGACGCGCCUUUGGGCUCUUCUCCGCGGAGCGUCUCGAAUCUUGUGCAAAGAGCAAAGAGUUCAAAGGUCUCGUUUUCAACCUUUGUUUUUUCCACGCUGUGAUUCUUGGGAGAAAGAAGUUCGGUUCGUUGGGGUGGAGUAAAGUCUACUCGUUCAACGACGGAGAUCUGAACAUUAGCGGCAACGUCUUGAGGAAUUUCCUCGACAAAAGCAGUGCGGUGCCCUACGACGACAUUCGAUAUAUUUUCGGCGAAAUCAUGUACGGAGGUCACAUCACGGACGCGUUCGAUCGACGAACCACCCAGACGUAUCUGGAGACCUUGAUUGUGCCGGAGGCGCUAAUGGGCAUGAGUCUCGCCUCCAAUUUCAAGAGUCCGGAUCCGACGAAGUUCGACCAUGCUGCGUACAGCAAGUACAUCGAGGAGAAGACUCCCGCGGAAACGCCGCAGGUGUUCGGUCUGCAUCCAAACGCAGAAAUUCGCUGUUUGAGUGCACAGGCCGAGUCGCUUUUUGCCAGCAUCCAGAGCGUCCUCGGCUCCGCAGGCGGACCGCAGAGAGGCUGGAGAAAAGAGGACAUUCUGAAAGCUACUGUUUCUCAGCUGCUCGCAAAAAUGCCUCACCCGUUCGAUCUUCCCAGCAUCAAAACGCGAAUCCGCGACUUCCACCCUUUUGUCGUGGUCUGCCUCCAGGAAGUGGAGAGGAUGAACACACUGUUGAGUGAAGUCCACGCGUCUCUGGAGGAACUGGAGAAGGGCAUCUCUGGCCAGCUGAAUAUGACUGAGGCGAUGGAGCAGUUCUCGAACGCGCUCUUUGCGCAGCGCGUCCCAGAAACGUGGACGAAAGUGUCUUACCUUUCCAACAAGACGCUCGCGCCGUGGGUCGCGGAUUUGCUGGAGCGCGUGAAGCAGCUGGAGAGCUGGACUGCGGAGCUGCAGCUGCUUCCCUCUCUCUGGAUUGCUGGACUCUUCAAUCCCAUGUCUUUCCUCACGGCGAUCAUGCAGGUGCGCGCGCGGUCGGACAAUCUUCCUCUUGACGACAUGUGCCUCCGGUGGUCGGUCUCCUCGAUCCAGAACGCGAAAGAAGUCGCAGCACCCCCCGACGCGGGGGUGUACAUACACGGCCUCCUCCUGGAAGGAGCUGCGUGGGAAGACGGGAAAGGCACCGAAGGAAACAUCGUGGAGGCGCGGCCCAAAGAACUUUUCUGUCCCCUCCCCGUCAUCAACGUGACUGCAAUCCCCGCGAAAGAGUUCACUUGGGAAAACAUGUACGAAUGCCCCGUCUACAUCACCGCACAAAGAGGCCCGAGCUUCAUCUGCACUGCGAAUCUACGGAUGGACAUGGACGACAAGCCUGAACGAUGGAUUCUGGCGGGCGUUGCCAUGCUGAUGGCAGAAGAGUGAAGAACCGGAAUCUCGCGAAAACGGACUUUUGUGUUUCUUGUCAAGGCAAAAACGCCUUCGCUGUUGAGGUGCAUGCGACCUCAUCCAUCGUCAUCUCUUCCUUUUAAACGCUUGUUCCGGGUGGCGUCUCAGUCGAGUGCGUAUCUUUACGUCACGCUGUGCACACAGGUCGUCUGGAUCACUUUCUUAUGAACGGUUAGCUUGCGGCUCCAUUGCUCUCCGCGGGGUGUACAGACAGUGUGUUCCCUAUCUGUUCAAUGAACACAGUGUAAGUAUAAACAGCAGAGCUACUCUGUUCACGAACGCGAGACGAGUAGCUUCUUUGUUUGUUGAUCUCCUUCAACUACACGGUUGCCUAGUUCCCUUCUUUGACUGAGACUGAAAGAACACCGGAUACACUCUGGCAACGUCCCGAGGACGGAACGUCCGGUGUUUGGAGUAGUGCACUUCUCUCCUGAACAGGUCGAGAG